AUGACUCACCGUGGAAGAAGUCAUAGUGUAAAUGGAACUAUCAGUAGAAUCGCUUCUGUAGAUAAUGGGAGAGCUGCUUCUUCAAAAGCCCAGGUUCCAAGUUAUAAACAACAAAGUGAGCACCUUUAUUUAUUUAAUAAAAUUUAUAUACGUAUAGCUUGAUUGUAGAAGAAGAACCUCAAAGUAGUUUAAGAUUGGCCUAGUAACAAAAAGGCAGCCAGUGCUGUUCUUUUAGGAGCAGUGUGACCCAUUCACACCUCGCUCCGCCACCCAGUAACUUGUGACGGCAUUCUUCAAGGGCAGCCCCAUAUAGAACACGUGUGCCUUUCCCUUUCUCUCACAGACCACAUAUACAUACUUACCUCAUCCUCGCUCUUUCUCUCAACUUGCACACACAAACAGCUUGUACAUCUCCCUACCUCUUUCUUCCCAAGUGCAUAUCUCUGGCACCCACCCUCCGUACUCGGUGAACAUUAAGAAAAGCCCCUAUGUGGGGUGAAACAAGUGUUUGCCACCAGCUGCACAUGAUUGCCAGGCAACAAACUGAGGCAAACUGCAUGUUCUCAAUUGCUUCCAAUUGCUUCUUCCUCCCUGUCAUGGAUGCUCAGGGGGAAAAAACCCCAUGGGGCAAAGCAGGGGUCUUGUCAGCAGCUGCAUGUGGUUGGCAGGCAACAAACAACUAUAGGAAUGAAUUAGGCCAGAAGGCAAGAAGGGAACCAAUCACUACUGAUUCUUCCCCUCAAAAAUUCUUUAAAACCAUUCAUGGUAGAAGGGGGCGGGUCUUUCAACUCCAGUUACUUGAUUGACAUAUGGCUCCAAUUGCCAAUAAAUGUUUUCCCAUGCACUGGGUUGGUGAAACGGUGCCCAGUCUAACCAGUGUUUACUUGUAUUUCCUGUGAGAUCUGUGCUAUAUGCCUUCUAAUCUUCCAGCCUGUUUCAUUGACCAGGGCUCCUCAGAAACCCAAGGAGCAUUUGGGGCUCCACAGUGCUGGAGAGGGUGUUAAAGAGCAAUCCUGCCAAUGACCCUUUCCAUGUUGCCAUUCCAUAGUGAAACUGGAGCGUUGACAGAAUAACUUGCCAACAGGAAAAUCCCAUAGAACACUUAGCAAUCCCUUGGAUUCCGAAUAUUUUCAGGGGCUGGCCAUAUUAGUGUGAUUCCACCCCUGCAAGGGGAUCUGCCACACCCACCACAAUUUCAAACUAACCAGGGAGCAAUCAAUCUGCAUCUGGGGUUCUCCAGCACUUUAACUGAGGUUGCCUUUGCCAUCUCAGGAUGGGCAGUGGGAUGAGUGGUAAAGCAAUAAGAUCCCUGUUCUCUUUUUCUGGCCCAACACCGGGUAUAGCCACUCCCAUCUGCCUGCCAGGUGGAUAGGUUUCCAAGUGAAGAAGAUGGAAUUUCUGUGAAUGAUGGUGAAACACAUCCCUCGGACCCACUAGUGCAGUGAUACUGCAUUGAAUUGUGUGGCAUGAUGAAACUUAAAAGAGAGCACCAUCACAAUAUACAGUGCCACAAGUUCAGUGAUGUGCUACAGUAACUGAUCUAGAAAUCCCAUGGAGCAAUAAGAGGCACUAUCAGUGUGCACAAACCAAUACAGUGGUACCUCAGGUUAAGUACUUAAUUCGUUCCGGAGGUCUGUUCUUAACCUGAAACUGUUCUUAACCUGAAGCACCACUUUAGCUAAUGGGGCCUCCUGCUGCCGCCGCGCCGCCAGAGCAUGGUUUCUGUUCUCAUCCUGAAGCAAAGUUCUUAAUCCGAGGUAAUAUUUCUGGGUUAGCGGAGUCUGUAACCUGAAGCGUAUGUAACCUGAGGUACCACUGUAUGACACACCAAGAGAAGACUUACAUUGCUGGUUUCCUGGGUAAGAGCUUGUUAAACACAUAUCACAAAUGAAUCAGGCUGGUGGGAGUCCAACAAUGAGUAUUACAAGCUAGCACUUAGUUGUUAAUCAAAUUCCCAUAGUGUAGUCCAGUAUCAAUAUAAGUUUAAAUAAACAGCACCUCAAGAUAGUUCCCACUGAUUCUGUGUGUAGAAUCAGAGCAUGAAAGCUGGAAGUUGCCCUGCCCUAUUACUUACAUUCUGAGCCAUGCACAAAUGACUUCAUAAUGGAGCCACAGAUGUACCUUCAGCUAUUGCUUUUGUUAUGUGUGAGACACUAUUAUUAAUACAUGACACUGUAUUAUUAAGAAUACUCACAAACAAGUACCAGAGCUAUAAUUCACCCUCAUUUUGUGAUAAUCUCCAGCAAUCAAACAACUCAGCUUGUCCAUCUGGAACCAGCACGUGAUAUUAAGUUUACACAGAUUGCUCCAGUGGUCAGUUGUAUUUGUUCAGAGCCCAGCAGGAGAAACACCAUUAGAGUGUGCAUUCACUAAAAAAAAUCCUGUAGUAAUGUAUCUGGAACAAAAAGAGAAAGGCAAGAGAAAAGUGGUCAUGGGUGGGAGAGGGGAAAUGGGAGGUCACAGACAAAAGGAAGAGAAUUAACAUAAAUACAAGAAAGGACCAGAAAUGAUAAAUAUAGAUCUGAGGGGACAAAGGGGGAAAAAUAUGUGGAAGAGUCGCACAGAGGGGAAAAAUGGAACCAGGAUAUAUAGCCUGGUUUCCAUAACAAGUCAAUUUGGGGUUUUUUUUCCUGGAACAGCAGCAGUCUUUGCUUGCUAUAGAUGUGGCCAUAACUUUCUGUUAUGAACAGAAAUGGUAGUUUAAUUUUGGUCACACUUAAUAGGCAUCAACCUUGAUAAAAAAACACAAAAACAAAAGCACUGUAAAGGCUAAAUAGAAAUACCUUUUUUCAAAGUUGCUUAUCAGUGAACUGUUGGCUAUCACAGAAUUCGCUAAAUCAGGCUGGGGAUUUAUUUAGCACAAAGGACCAUGUGGGAAAUAUAUCACAAAAUGAAUAGUUUAGGUUUGUGAUAUUGACAUAAAUUGCUCAUCAUUUUCUUGGUGUUGUCAAAUGCUGGUCAAAUGUUGAUGUGCUUAGUGUAUUUAUACACAGAUGCUGUCAUUUUGAAUAAACAUUUGUUAGAACUGAAACAAAUUUGGCAACUGAACUUUUUCUUGUCUUGCUUUUCUUGUUUCUUCUCUUUGUCAUAUAUAAAUAUGCCACUCCAUUUUCAAAAAUCUCUCUCUUACUAGUAAAUUACUGUAAGGAAAAGUAGAUGAAGGUAUGUUUAAAGUGUCAACAACUGUUGAAAAAUACCCAAACAUUCAUGGGGAGUCUCAUGUAGCCAUAUGUUUCUCAUUGUUUAGCUCAGGGGACAUGUAAACAAUUUCAAGAAUCUGAAAAUACCGUAAUUCACCACAUAGUUGUCACAUUUUUUAUGCCACUUUCUCUUUAAAAAAAAUGGGGUGCGAUAAUUAUGUGAGCAAAAAAGACAUGGCCUAGCAAGGUGGCUGGUAGCUGGCAUGUCCCGGAGCAAAGGGCCCAGGAGGAGAUGCAGGCAGUUGGGUGCAAGCCAAAGCACAGGGUGUCAGAAAUAUGUGCCUGCUGAGUUUGCGCAUGCCCCCAGUGGCUUGUGCGCCCCAGGGCACGAAUGGAUAUGGCUGGUUCUGCUGGCAGCUGGCACUAGCCCAACCUCAGAGCUCAACUGCCAGCGCUCUGGCACCUUCCGGUCCCAAGUAGGGGUGUCCCAGCCCAGGGGACUGGAGUGGGGCAGAUUCGAAAGAGGGGGUAUCGGUAACCUUGGAGGGACCCAAGGAGGCAAAAGCAAUCUGGUGCCUGGGUUGAACUUCCAUCCCAGUCAGUAGCCUGUCCUAAUAAGUGUAAUAGGUUUUAACUGAGGCCACAACUGGCCUGGCUCUGCAAAUCUUCCAGCUGUCAUCCUGGGCACUGCUCCUGGCUGCUCUGCUCUACCCCAUGGCACCAGGUAUGCCCCCCUCCCCGCUCAUCUUGUUUAUUUAUCCACUGUACAGUUUAGCUAUCGCAGGAAGAUGGAAGUUUCAUGUGCCAUAUUCACUGAGAAUGCACAUGCUGAGAAUUAUACCCGAGAAUUAUACCCUUUGACUGUUAUGUGGUGAAAGCUUUGGAACAGAUUUUAGGGCCGGAAAAAUGGGGUGCAACGAUUAUGCGGUGAAUUACGGUACUUUACUCUGACUGCAGUAAACAGCAAAAUGGCUUACCAUAUUUGAACAGUUAUUCAAAUUAUAGCUAACAUUGCAAUCUUUCUUACUUAACUUGAAGGAAAUCCCAUUGAACGCAUUGAGACUUAUUCCUGAAUGGAUAUGUAUAGGAUUGUACUGUAAUUGAAUUACAAUCAUAAGGUAGAUUUUCAACAGCACAAGUGAUAGUCAUGUGUUUAACUCUAUUUCCAGGUUCCAGUGGCAGUCAUUUGAACUUUAUAGGCUUGAUAUCUGGUAAGAAAGCAAUAUUCUUUUCUCUCAGUUUCAUAUUUGUUAACAUAUAUUUGAGUCUUUGUAAUUUUGAUACAGGGUCUAAGUUUUACCCAAAGUAGACCCUUUGAAAUUAAUGGACCUAAUUAAUUUUAGUAUUUCUGCUGGGAGUAAAACUUAGUUGAAUACCACCCUGACCUUAUAAUAUCCACCUCUGGCUGAAGAAGGUUAUUAAGGAGCUUCCUCCUGAUAAGAGGAUUUCCCUGAAUCGAGACGUGUUAAAGCCAAUGGCAAAUGUCCCCUUUUGGGGAAAGGUGUUCAGUUGGGUGGAGGCCUUCCAGCUUCAAGCAUGCUUGGAUGAGGCUGAAUAUAUGGAUCCAUUUCUGUCUGGCUUUAGACCAGGUUGUGGCAUUGAAAUCUACUUGGUCACACUAGUUGAAUAUAUUUGUCAGGAGAGAGAUGUGAGAGUGCAACUCUGCCUGUUCUUUUGAUGGCUUUCUGUACCAUCGACCAUAAUAUCUGGAGCAGCUCCGGGAGGUGGGGUUCGAAGCACUGUACUUCAUUGUCUUUGGUUCUACCUUCAGGGCUAUUUUCAGAAAGCAGUUAUGGGGCAGGCAUUGUUCAGCCCCAUGGGAGCAGUCCUGUGGUUUCCUGCAGGGUCCCUUCUUGUUCCCUAUACCAUUUAACAUCUAUCUGACACAACUGCUAUCCGUGAUCAGGAGAUUUGGAGUGAAGUGCCACCAGUAUGUGGAUAAUACCCAACCGUGUCUUUCUGUUCCAUCUGAAUCUGGAGAGGUUGUUGAGGGACGAGGUGGAUGCUUGGAGGUGGUGAUGGGUUGGAUGUGAACCAAUAAAUUGAAGCUGAAUUCUGAAAAGAUGGAGGUGUUAUGUGAUUCAGAUUAUCUAGAAGAUGGGUAUGUGGCCUAAACUCGAUGGUGUUGCAUUCCCCUGGAAGGAACAGAUCUGUCUCUUGACAUAUUCCUGUAUCAAGUGUUGUCACUGGAGGCUCUGGUGGCCUUGUUGGCUAGGACUGCCUAUUUCCAGCUCCAGCUGGCUUGCUAGCUAUGGCCUCUUUUGGACAGAGAUUCUUGACCGUGGUACUCCAUGCUCUGGUCACUUCCAGAUUGGAUUACAGUGGUACCUCGGGUUACAUACGCUUCAGGUUACAUAUGCUUCAGGUUACAGACUCAGAAAUAGUACCUUGGGUUAAGAACUUUGCUUCAGGAUGAGAACAGAAAUCGCGUGGUGGCAGCGCGGCAGCAGCGGGAGGCCCCAUUAGCUAAAGUGGUGCUUCAGGUUAAGAACAGUUUCAGGUUAAGAACGGACCUCCGGAACGAAUUAAGUACGUAACCAGAGGUACCACUGUACUGCAAUACACUCUGUGUGGGGCUCCCUUUAAAGACGACUCAGAAACUUCACUUCUCUAAAACGCAGCAGCCAGAUUGUGCAACUUUCUCUGUUCUCCUGAACCAAGUCACCAGUGUGAGCCCUCAUUCCCAAAAGCUUGUGGAAUGUUCCCUUCCAGUUCACCCCCUGUGAAUGUAGUAGUAAAUUGCGGCAAGGAAUUUCUUUUCAGGAUGGAGCUAUAAUGUAUUAGUCCUAAUCCAGGCUAUUACUGACCAGUUCAACACUUCCACUGCUUCACCUGUUCAAUCUCUAGGACAAAUAGCACACUGUCCAGCAUACUGAUAAUACAGCACUUAAAAGGGAAUGGGUGGCGCUGUGGUCUAAACCACUGACCCUCCACAAAAUGGGGUGAGCUCCCGUUGCUCUGUCCCAGUUUCUGCCAACCUAACAGUUCUAAAGCAUACCAGUGCAAGUAGAUAAAUAGAUACCGCUGUGGCAGGAAGGUAAACGGCGUUUCCAUGCACUCUGGCACUCAUCAUGGUGUCACCAGAAGCAGUUUGGUCAUGCUAACCACAUGACCUGGAAAGCUGUCUGAGGACAAACGCUGGCUCCCUUGGCCUGAAGCAAGAUGAGCACAGCACCUCAUAGUCACCUUUGACUGGACUUAACUGUCCAUGGGUCCUUUACCUUUUACCUUAAUAAAGGUAAAGGGACCCCUGGUCCAGUCAUGGCCGACUCUGGGGUUGCGGCGCUCAUCUCGCUUUAUUGGCUGAGGGAGCCGACGUACAGCUUCCGGGUCAUGUGGCCAGCAUGACUAAGCUGCUUCUGGCAAACCAGAGCAGCACACAGAAACGCUGUUUACCUUUCCGCCGGAGCAGUACCUAUUUAUCUACUUGCACUUUGACAUGCUUUCAAACUGCUAGGUUGGCGGGAACAGGGACCGAGCAACGGGAGCUGACCCCGUUGCGGGGAUUUGAACCGCCAACCUUCUGAUUGGCAAGUCCUAGGCUCUGUGGUUUAACCCACAGCACCACCUGCAUCCCUUUACCUUAAUACCACAUUUCAAAUCCAAGAUGUCUCCUGCAGGCUUCAAGUACAUGUUUAAAAACAUGGAGGAUAAGGUGGGCACUGAGGGAUCCACAAUGCACAGCAGUAAUAUCACAGCACCGAUGAUGAUCCGAUAGGAGUGGAAUCACAUUAUCAUGCUCCCAAGUUCCAAACCACAGAAUUCAUCCAGAAAAUAUAUCAUGGUUUAUGAUACUGAAGGUCACCAAGAUGCAUGGGCGUAGCUGGGGGGGGGAGGGAAACUGUCCCCCCCGCAAGUCAAUAAAAAUCAAUAAAAAUACAUAGCAACUGAGGUUCUGCCCCCCUAACAAAAGGCCUGCCCCCCUAACAAAAAUCCUGGCUACCCCCAUGCUAAGAUGUCUAGACAAACUCUUUUCUUGUCUUCUGCAGGUAUAGGUCACAUAUUAGGAUAACCAUCAUGGCUUGAAACCGAAUUGGAAUGGGUCCAGAUAAUCCAUCUCAUUUAAGAAAGUCUAUAGAGUUGCACAAUCAAGCCCCUCAUGAACAGCUUGCCCCCAACGGAGAUAUUUGUGGCUGGCUGAAAGUGUUAGAGACCUUGUAGACUCCUAAUGCAGUGGGGAUGUUUUGUGUUUCAUAUACUUCUUAUGAUGGUGCAAGAUUCUGUGGAUUCUGAGACCAAAAUGUCUCAGAAACUUUUCUGAGCUAUAUGUUAGCCAUUUCUAUGGUAUACAUCAGGGAAGAGGAACUAAAUCUGGCUGGUGUGUGAUCCAUAUCUCCCUCACCUGCUGUGGGCCAACUCU